AUGGUGGAAGGAGGAAUAGCCAAGGCGGACAAAACAGAGUUUACAGAGUGUUGGAGGACGACAUGGAAGACACCGUACAUCAUGCGGCUCGCUCUCUCCGCCGGAAUCGGAGGUCUUCUCUUCGGAUACGACACCGGAGUCAUCUCCGGUGCUCUUCUCUUCAUCAAAGAGGAUUUCGAGGAAGUCGACAGGAAGACAUGGCUCCAGUCGACUAUUGUCAGCAUGGCAGUGGCCGGAGCCAUCGUCGGAGCAGCCGUCGGAGGUUGGAUCAACGAUAGGUUCGGCAGGAGGAUGUCGAUUCUGAUCGCCGAUGUUCUUUUCCUGAUCGGUGCAGUCGUGAUGGCUGCUGCUCCUGCUCCUUGGGUUAUCAUCGUCGGGAGAAUCUUCGUCGGGUUCGGCGUUGGUAUGGCCUCGAUGACCUCGCCGCUUUACAUCUCCGAGGCUUCUCCGGCGAGAAUCAGAGGCGCGCUUGUUAGCACCAACGGUCUUCUCAUCACCGGAGGACAAUUCAUCUCUUACCUCGUCAAUCUCGCCUUCGUAAAUACGCCGGGAACGUGGAGGUGGAUGUUGGGAAUCGCUGGAGUUCCGGCGAUUGUUCAGUUUGUGCUGAUGCUGUCGCUGCCGGAGUCUCCACGGUGGCUAUACAGAAACGAUCGGAUCGCGGAAUCGAGAGCGAUUCUGGAGAGGAUUUACCCGGAGGACGAAGUGGAGGCGGAGAUGGAAGCGCUUAAGGAGUCAGUGGAGGUGGAGAAAGCAGACGAAGCAAUCAUCGGAGACAGCUUCGUCGCCAAAAUCAAAGGAGCCUUCGCGAACCCAAUCGUCCGACGUGGACUCGCCGCCGGUAUCACAGUCCAGGUGGCGCAGCAGUUCGUUGGGAUCAACACCGUCAUGUACUACAGUCCGUCGAUCGUGCAAUUCGCCGGUUACGCCUCCAACAGCACCGCAAUGGCGUUGUCUCUGAUCACUUCCGGUUUAAACGCGAUCGGUUCGAUCGUGAGCAUGAUGUUUGUGGACCGGUACGGUAGAAGGAAGCUGAUGAUCAUCUCCAUGUUUGGGAUCAUAACGUGUCUCAUCAUCUUAGCGACUGUGUUCUCACAAGCGGCGAUUCACGCACCCAAGAUUGAUCCCGUGGAGUCAUCCACGUUUGCUCCAAACGCUACUUGUCCUGCGUUUGUACCACACACAACCGCAAAUCCUCCUUCGAGGUGGAACUGCAUGAAGUGUCUGAAGUCGGAAUGCGGCUUUUGCGCCAGCGGAGUGAAGCCGUACGCGCCGGGAGCUUGCGUGGUGUUGUCGGACGAGAUGAAGGCGACGUGUCAUUCGAGGGGAAGAACGUACUUCAAAGAUGGAUGUCCAAGCAAGUUUGGGUUCUUGGCGAUAGUGUUCUUGGGGCUUUACAUCAUAGUGUACGCGCCAGGUAUGGGCACUGUUCCGUGGAUUGUGAACUCUGAGAUCUAUCCGCUUAGGUAUAGAGGUGUUGGUGGAGGAAUCGCUGCGGUUUCGAAUUGGGUAUCGAAUCUUAUUGUGAGUGAGAGUUUCCUCUCGCUCACUCAUGCUCUCGGCUCCUCUGGGACGUUUCUACUCUUCGCUGGCUUCUCCACGGUUGGGCUCUUCUUCAUUUGGCUGCUGGUGCCUGAGACUAAAGGACUUCAGUUUGAGGAGGUUGAGAAGUUGCUUGAGGCUGGGUACAAGCCCAGUCUCUUGCGGCAGAGGAAGAAGAAGGGUAAAGAUGUUGAUACGGCGGCUUAA